UCAGUAUGCCGGGUAAUUGUGGAAGUAGGACAGCUCCUCUAAGUAAUUCAUUAUUUAAUGGUGUUUUUCCAGAGCCUGCAUCGAAUACGACUCUUAAUUUAGUGAAUGAUGAAGAACUUUUGAAAACAGGUUGGUGAGGGAGGUAAUGGACUAUGUUUGUGUUUUUUGGUGCUAUUUCAAUCAUAUUUAAAUCCAACUGUUCCUUAAUCGUUUUGUCAAUUGUUUCCAAAACUUCGGGGUUUUCUCGGUAUUUUUUCCAAAGAGAUCUGAGUCGGCCUAAUGAAACCCCAAAAUUCGUUUGUAGUGUCCUUUUCGAUUCGAUUCGCCACGGCCAGCCUACUUCAUAGCGUCCAUCAGGUAAUUGGUUGAUUGACUCCCUGAAUUGCUUCCAAGCUAUUUCAUCAUCUGGAAUGGUCAAUCCCGGAUCUCGAAUACCAAUAGUCUCUAGGUUCCAAAAAUCUUUUUCCUCUACUUUUUCAGUAAUUUCUCCAACUGCCGACAUUACGUAUUGUGUUUCAUCUUGUAUCUCAGCUUCCUUUAUUUUCGCUCUGCCGCAGAUUAUAGGUCCUACUUUUGUGCGGAGCAAGAAUCUCUGGUUGGAUAAAUUUUCAAUAUUUUCUAAGAGUUUUAAGACGUCAGACAAUCCAAAAAGUAUGUCAGGAGUGCGUUGCUUUACUUCGAUUUCUUUAUCAUCGUGUAACCAAAAUUCCCUUGGAUCACUGGGACAAUAGAUUUUCAUUUGAUCUAAGUUGGGUGUAGUAUAC